AUGGAAAUCUCUGCGCCCGACGGCUCGGAAGCCAUCGUCCGCUUCCGCACCAGCAAGAAGCGCAAGGCUGGCUACCGUCAGCGAACGACAACCUAUGACAACAGCAACGACGACGACUUGCUCACCCUUGCGAGCUCGCACGUGAAGGAUGAUGGUCAGGACGACGGCAAGGACGACGAUAAAGAUGACGGAUCCUCAGCCGUCGCCCUCGCCGCCGUCCAAUUGCGCAACGCCCGUCGCGGUCGCCUCUUCCGUCCUCGCAAGGCCUUCCCCGACAACGGUGGCCAUGAUGGUGCGAACCGCACCCACGGCGACAACGAUCUCGAUGUAGACCCCGAGGACAGAGGCCACGUCAUCCUCGGGGGUAUCAGCAAGCGCUUCACGCCCCAAACAGGCCUCGUGGCCUCUCUCAACGCGAAGCACAUGGCAGAGUACGUAGAAUCCCGCCUCUCGAGCCGCCACCGAGCCGGUGACCCCUCCGCCGCCGCCGAGGCUACCUCCCCCCAACCACCAAUAUCGAUGACGACGACGACGACGACGACAACUUCCCAGCCGACCAAGCACGGCAGGCUUCUCGAGGUCGAUGUGCCAGUUCGAUCCGAGCGCAGCGAAAGCUCCGACAGGCCGCGUCGCAUCGGCGACCCCUCGACAAAGCCGCGCCGCCCCCGCAACAGGCGCACCAGCGAAGAUAUGAAGCGCGACCAGCUCGUCGACCAGUUCCUUCACGAAAACAGACUCGACGUGUACGACGUCACCCCGACGCAGUCUGCGACACAAUCCACCGCCCCGGGCGAUGACAUGUCUGCCGACGAUCGCAUGGCCGAACAAUUCCGUCAGCAAUACUACGACGAAAUGGCCCAGCGUCGGCAGAGAAAGCGGGUCGUACAACCAGCCUCCCGCCAGCAGCCCGCCUCCGAUGUCCUCAAGGGACCCAAGCUUGGCGGUAGUCGCAACCAACGGGCGGCAGUCCGAGACAUACUGUUGCUCAAGCAGGAAAAGGAAAAGGCUACCAGGAGGUUUUAG